AUGGCUCCUCGAAAGGCUGCAAGAGUGCAGAUUGAUCCUGCGGCAGUGAAUUCUGAAUCAAAGCCCCAGCAAACUGGUCAGGUGUUCAAUAUAUGGUAUAGUAAAUGGACAGGAGGGGAGAACAAUGGUAGAGAAGGGUUGGUUCAUUCCAAGACGAGAUGCAACGUGGAAUUAGAUUCUGGUUACACAAGGGCAGACAAGCAUGUGGCUGCGGAUAGCGUCAAUGGAGACAAGUACUUCUGCCUUUAUUUUGCUCGAGGCUGCUGUUGUAAUGGAAAGCACUGUGAGUAUCUACAUCGAAUACCGACGGAGAUGGACAAUUUACCACCUAACGUGGAUUGUUUUGGCCGAGAGAAGUUUAUGGAUUACCGGGACGACAUGGCUGGAAUAGGCUCGUUUUCUAAGGUUAACAGGACUUUGUAUGUGGGGCGAAUCAGUAAUCUGGACGGUAAUAUAGAGCUGGAACUGAGUAAGAACUUCGGCCAAUACGGUGAUAUAGAACGGAUCCGAGUGAUAAAGAGCAAGAAGAUUGCAUUUGUCACUUACAGAUUCGAGAACCAGGCACAAUUUGCAAAGGAGGCCAUGUAUGGACAAAGCGUAACUGGUGAUGUGAAUGAAGCUUUAAAUAUUCGAUGGGCCAGUGAAGACCCAGAUCCUAGUGCACAGAAGAGGAAUAAACAAGAGAUGGAAAGAUCGGCAUUAAAGAAAGCUCAGAAGUUGUUGGAAGAAAUGAAUAGGCAGAGACUGAAGGAAGGAGUGAAGAGUGUGAAGGAGAGUCCUACUACUGAUCAUGUUGCUACUGAUCCUGCUUCUACUAAUCCUCCUCUGCUUGAGAGUUCUCCCUCUAUCAUUAUCAAUACAGACAGCCUCAGUGCUUUGAGGAAGUUAAAGAGAAGGAAGAUAAUUAAAAAGCAUCAGGAUUCAAUUCAAACACCCUUGAGAACCAUCCUGGCAGACUACUCAAGUGACAGUGAUUAG